UCACCGCCUCUUUAAAUAGCGGCCGAGCGCGAGGCGAAGGAAGCCGCAGAGCCAGAGUUCUUGGUGAAAUCUCUCCUCCACAUCUGCACCAUGUCCUCAGACGACACGAAUACCCCCGUCCAAGUGGCUGAGGCUGCAGAGCAACAGCAAAAUGUGGUGGAACGUGUUACACAACUGCCUCUUGUCAGCUCUGCAUGCAGUAUGGUUAGUGCAGUCUACAACUCUACUAAGGAUAGUCACCCAUACAUCCGCAACGUUUGUGAUGUUGCUGAGAAAGGAGCAAAGACCUUAACUGAUGUUGCAGUAACUGGAUCAAAGCCUAUUCUAAGCAGACUGGAGCCACAGAUUGCCACAGCUAAUGAUCUUGCCUGCAAAGGUUUAGACAAACUGGAAUCCACCCUACCCAUUCUUCAAAAGCCAACUGAGAAGGUUGUAUCGGACACUAAAGAGCUGGUGACUGGAGCACGCGAUGCAGUAGUUGGUGUUGUGACCAACACUGUGACCGGUACCCGUGACACUGUCACAAGUGCAGUGUCUGGUAUAAUGGGCUUGGCAGCUGGUGCGGUGCAGGGAAGCAUGGGUUUGACUCGGUCAGUUGUCUCAACAGUGAUGGACACACAAGUAGGACAGUUUGUAACCAGCAGUCUGGAUACAGUCUUGGGAAAAUCCGAAGAGUUGGUCGAUCAUUACCUUCCUAUGACGGAUGAAGAGCUAUCUCAGCUUGCUUCAACUGUGGAAGGAUUUGAAGUAGCUCCACUUCAACAACAAAAAGAACAACAAAGUUACUAUGUUCGUUUGGGUUCCCUGUCUUCUCGUCUCCGUCAUCGUGCAUACCAGCAUUCUUUGGGCAAGGUGAGGAGUGCCCAAAUCAAUGCUGUGGAGACUCUAGCACAGCUGCACCAAACUAUUGACCUGAUGGAGACUGUCAAGCAGAGUGUUCAUGGUGGCCAAGAGAAACUGCACCAGCUGUGGCUGGAAUGGAGCCGCAAACAAUCAAAAACUGAAUCUGUAGAUGGUGCAAGAAAAGAUGACCAGCCACUGGAUUCUCGUGUUUUAACCAUGACCCGUACGCUGACCAAGCAACUACAAACUACUUGCUUUACUCUGGUAUCUGGGGCACAAGGCCUUCCCGCUAACAUACAGGAUCGCAUGCAGCAGCUACGGCAAACCGCUCAAGACCUGCAUUCUUCCUUUUCCUCUGUUCACUCCUUCGGAGAUAUUUCGUCAGGAAUUCUGGCACAAAGCCGAGAACAAGCCUCAAAGGUCCAUGACCAUGUGAAUGAGCUUUUAAGCUAUGUCGUUGCAAACACUCCCUUAACAUGGUUGGUGGGCCCUUUUGCGCCUCAGCUGGUUGAACACCCAGAAAUGCCUGAAGAGCAACCUGAAAAGGUGCAGUAAGGGAACCCGACACCCCAAAUGUCUGCACUUAGUUUUGUGGGAGGUAUGUGUGUUGUGUAACUUCUGCAAUUUGGAAUAUUUUGCUGCUUUAGCAGUAGUACUUGGGUAAUCAAUGAUAACUUUUGUAUUUCUCUGUACAAGUGCCAAACUUUAUAAAAUUUGCUAUGCAGUUGGUCA